AUGGUUAUUGGAAAUUAUAAAUCGCCAGAAAAAUUAUAUGAUGAAGGGUUGCAAAAAGAAAAAGAGUGUAAACAAGACAAAGCAUUUUAUUACUUUAAAGAAUUCACAGAUUUAGGUCUUGUUCCAGCCAUUCAUAAAGUCAGAUAUUGCUUUUUACAUGGAGAUGAUACUGAUAAAAAUAAAGAUAAAGCUUUGGAGUAUCUUCAAAAAUUUGCAGACAUAAAUUAUGCUAAUAGUAUUUUUCAGCUUGCUGAAUUCUUCAAUGAUAUGUGGAGUAGAAGGUCACCAGCAUAUUGGAGGAUAUUAGACCUUACUAGAGAGAGUUUGUUCGAUUGUAAAGAAAUUGAUAAUGAAUUGUUGAAUGAAGUAGCACAACUUUUUACAAAUAUGAUUGCAUGGUCACCAAAAUCAGCUCCCAAAAACUUGCAAGAGUACUUUAAUAAUAAAUGUGAAGAUGUGCGAUAUAUUAGCAAGCAAGAACUAAAAAUGGCCACAGUAUUUGCAUUAAUUCAUGGAAUAUUUUCACAAAAUGUAAUAGAUGAUAAAUGGAGAGAAGUUCAGUUUUUAGCAACAAAUGAAGCUUGUAAUGAAUUAAAUAAUCCUUUUCAAUGA